GCUGGCUCUUUGACGACCCACGACUUGACCUCAGUAUCGCGGAGCCGCUCCAGAGUGUGAACCACUUGGCCUUCUCGCCACAGUUCUACUUCAUCGAGACCUACUACACCUGGGGCAUGCUGGUCUCGCUGCUGUCCAUCACCAUCUUCCUGCGGAAAUCGAUGAACCCCCUGGACGACCCAGCCUUGUUCAUCAUGGUGGGCCAGAUGAUUCUUCUCAACUAUAUCCUGGAUCGCCUCAUCCGCUGGCUGAUCUCCUCAGUGCUUUGGAAGCCAAUGGACAACAGCAACUUCCGCAUCUUCAGCCGAUCCGUGGCCCUGGCGCUGCAGCGCAAGGCAGGAGGGUUUAGGGGUCAGGAUUUAGGGUUUAGGGUAACAAAUGCCGCCCAUUGUCAGUAG